UUACGCUCGUUAUUGCGUCUGUUUACAACAGAUCUGUUCACUUUACGGCAGUGUUUUUUUCCAGCCGUAAAGCGGGGAUCCGGGGAAAGGUUAAAGUGACUCCGAGAGAACCGCAAAGCACGCAUCAUGCCAUUUGUGGACUUGCAGACGCGACUCGGGAUCGACCUGGACCGCUGGCUGCUGCUGCAGAGCGGAGAGCAGCCCAACAAGCGAGCAGCACGCUGCCAUGCCUUUGAGAAGGAGUGGGUCGAAUGUUCUCACGGCAUCGGGCAGACCCGCGCUAAGAAGGAGUGCAAGCUGGAGUUUGAGGAUUUCUAUGAGUGCAUGCACAGGCAGAAGAUGCUUAAGAGGCUGCACACCAUCCGUACGCAGCGGGACAAGUUGAUAAAGGAGGGGAAGUACACGCCUCCACCCAACCACACGGGCCAGGGCGACGAUACGCCAUGAAGGAGCACGCGACUACCUGCAGUUGGCUUCUUGUGUAUAGUAAAUCAGAUAUUCCCUGUUCACCUGUUGAAGUUUGCAAAUAAAUGUUAUCAUCUACUAUCCUCU